UGAGCGCGGCGGCUGCUGCCUCCGCGGCCUGCCCCCGCCUCGCCGCCCCUUCCCCUCCCCGCGGGCCCUCGCUCCGGGGGUUCCCGGGCCUGCCCCGGCCUUCUGUCGCCUGCCGGGGGGUAGCGGCGGGCCCUUCCCUCCUCGCCCCGGCUUCUCUCGCGGUGCUCCAUGUCGGCCCCGCUGCUCGUUGCCCCGCUGCAGGAUGGAUGCAGACGCUAAGCGGGGAGCCGCCCCGCUGGCCCAGCCUCCCCAGCAGCCGCCUCCCAGCUCCGCCGCCGGGAGCCCUUGGGACCCUCCUGUCUCGCAGCUGCGGCUGCGGCCGCGGCCGGGCGCGCUCCCCGCGCAGUGAGCGGCCUCUCCCCUCGCCUCCCCCCGCCCCGCCUCGCCCCAGCAGCGCUUCCCCGGGCCGCGAUGUCGGGGGGAGCCGCGGACGGCGCCCCUCCGGCUACCCGCUUUCUGGCUCCCCCGCCGCCGCCCCCCAAGAACGGUUCCAGCUCGGACAGCUCCGUCGGGGAGAAGCUGGGAGCCGCCGAGCACGGAGCCUCCGGGACCGGCGGAGCGAGCGGCGGAGCGGGAAGCGGAGGCCGUAGCGAGGAGUACCGCCGCCGCCGCCACACCAUGGACAAGGACAGCCGAGGGGCGGCAGCCACCGAGCACCGCUUCUUCCGCCGGAGCGUGAUCUGCGACUCCAACGCGACGGCCUUAGAGCUGCCCAGCCUGCAGCCCGCCGCGCCCUCGGCCCCCGUGUCGGGAGGCAGCGCCGCUCCCUUGGUCUCUCCUCCCGAGUGCUCGCGCACCUCUUGCAUCGCUGUCGGCGCCUCGCAAGCCCCCUCGCUGCUGCAGCAGCCCCUGCCGCCCACCCCGCUCCCCCUGGAAGGACGCUCUGCCCAGGAGCCCCCCGCCACCAAGGAUGCUGCCCCGCUGCUGCCCAAAGAGGAGGAGGAUGAGGCCGCCGCGCUGCCCCCCACCAGCGCCGCUGGGAGCACGUCGACUGCCAGCCGGGAGUUCGAGGAGCGGAGGGCACAGCAGGAGGACAUAGAGGAGCAGGAGACCAAGGCGGUGGGCAUCUCCCCUGACGGCCGCUUCCUGAAGUUUGACAUCGAGAUCGGAAGAGGCUCUUUCAAAACUGUAUAUAAAGGACUGGAUACUGAUACCACUGUGGAAGUCGCCUGGUGCGAGCUGCAGCUUGUGACGGAACUCAUGACGUCUGGAACAUUAAAAACGUAUCUGAAAAGAUUUAAAGUGAUGAAAAUCAAAGUACUACGGAGCUGGUGUCGUCAGAUACUGAAAGGCUUACAAUUUCUACAUACACGCACUCCUCCCAUUAUUCAUAGAGACUUAAAAUGCGACAACAUCUUCAUUACUGGCCCCACUGGUUCAGUCAAGAUUGGAGACCUUGGACUGGCAACCCUGAAGCGAGCCUCUUUUGCCAAAAGUGUGAUAGGUACCCCAGAGUUCAUGGCCCCCGAGAUGUAUGAGGAGAAAUAUGAUGAAUCCGUUGAUGUAUAUGCUUUUGGGAUGUGUAUGCUAGAGAUGGCAACGUCUGAGUAUCCUUAUUCUGAGUGCCAAAAUGCAGCGCAGAUCUACCGUCGAGUGACCAGUGGUGUCAAGCCAGCCAGCUUUGAUAAAGUAGCGAUCCCUGAAGUGAAGGAGAUUAUUGAGGGAUGUAUUCGGCAAAACAAAGGUGAAAGGUACGCUAUUAAGGACCUUUUGAAUCAUGCCUUCUUCCAAGAAGAGACUGGAGUACGGGUAGAACUAGCAGAGGAAGAUGAUGGAGAAAAAAUUGCCAUUAAACUCUGGCUGCGAAUUGAAGACAUCAAAAAACUUAAGGGCAAAUAUAAAGAUAAUGAGGCGAUAGAGUUUUCCUUUGACUUGGAGAGAGACGUCCCAGAGGAUGUAGCACAGGAAAUGGUGGAAUCUGGCUAUGUCUGUGAAGGGGAUCACAAGACAAUGGCGAAAGCUAUCAAGGACAGGGUAUCUUUGAUUAAGCGAAAGCGAGAGCAGCGUCAGUUGGUGCGAGAAGAACAGGAGAAGAAGCUUCAGGAAGAAGGUAGUCAGAAGCAGCAGCUGGAGCAACAGCAACCCUCAAGUGCUUCCCAUGCAGGGUCAAAGCAUCCCGUAUCUGUCAGUGGUACUACUCCUGUACCCACUACUUCAGCAUCUGUUUCUACUCAAGUGGAGCCCGAAGAACCAGAAGCUGAUCAACACCAACAACUGCAGUUCCAGCAACCCAGUAUAUCUAUUCUUUCCGAUGGAGCAGUUGACAGUGGCCAAGGGUCAUCUGUUUAUACUGAAUCGUGUGUGAGCAGUCAACAGACUGUGUCGUAUGGUUCCCAGCAUGACCAGCCCAUCUCAACAGCUACAGUCCAGGGAUACGCAGCUUCAGUUGGCCAAGUGCAGUCACAACAGCAUGGAGGAUAUCAGCCACCUGCAGUGACACAAGUACAAGGCCAGUCAGCCUCAAGUAGUACAUCGGUACCGACUCAGCCUACCCAACACACUCAGCAGAAUGCCCAGCAGCCACCCUCUUCUCAACAACCUGGACAAUACCAGCUGCAGCAGCCAUCAGUUUCUACUGGUGCCACUCCCACACAGACUGUCUCUCAAACUCAGACUUCACAGGUUAUGCCAAUGUCACAGGCAGCAGCAGGGACACAGCUUCCUGUUUCCCAACCAGUGUCGAUCAUCCAAGGCGAACCUCAAUUACCUGUUGCAGCACCUUCUCUCCCUCAAUCUUCAGUUGCCCCAUCAGUCCCUAUUGGUUCUCACUUUCUACCCGUGGGACAACCCUUGCCAACUUCCAUGGUUCCCCAGUUCUCAGUCUCUCAGUUGCCGGUCGCAGCUCCUCAUGUGUCAGUGGCUCAGCCAGGUUUCCAGUCACUGCCAAUUUCAAUGGCAGGCAGCAUGAAUCAGCCAUUGCUCACACUGGCAACAUCUGCUGCGGCAACCGCUGUCCCUGUAGGACCAACUGUUGUCCCUAGCCAGCUUCCCACGCUGAUGCAGCCUGUGGCUCAGUUGCCCAGCCAGGUUCUCCCGCAGCUCCUGCAGCCGGCUGUCCAGUCCAUGGGAUUGCCAGUCAGCAUCGGACAAGCUGCUGAUGCUUCACUUCCUGCUGGAGAUGCUCUUUACCAGGGCUUCCCAUCUCGGCUGCCGCCUCAGUACCCAGGGGACUCAAGUGUUGCACCUUCCUCUGCUGUGGCUUCUGUUAGCAUUCCUUCUGCCAUACUGUCCCCUCCCUUACCCACAGAUGUAAUGACUCAGCCAGGCUAUAUUGCUCCUGUUGUGCAGCCGUAUGUGGAGCAGAACGUUUUAGUUCCUAUGGGCGGCGUAGGAGGACAGGUUCAAGUGCCCCAGCCUACAGUGAGUUUAGCACAACAGGCCUCAUCAGCCUCCUCACAGCAGGCAGUUGUGGAGCAGAAUGUCAUGCCAAUGUGGGGACCUUGUUGCCACUGGCUGUUCUGUUGGGAAGGUACUCAAGGAGCCUCACAGACUGCUCCUUCAGAGUCUCUGCCAUCAACACAGCCUGCUCAGUCUACCCCUUUGGCUUCCUCUUUGGAUAGUGCACAUUCUGAUGUUGCUUCAGGAAUGAGUGAUGGCAAUGAGAAUGUUCCAGCUUCUAGUGGGAGGCAUGAAGGGAGGACUACCAAGCGUCAUAUGCGGAGGUCUGUCCGCAGUCGCUCUCGCCAUGAGAAGACUGCUAGGCCAAAACUGAGAAUUCUAAAUGUUUCAAAUAAAGGUGACCGGGUAGUGGAAUGCCAGCUGGAGACACACAAUCGGAAAAUGGUUACUUUUAAAUUUGAUUUGGAUGGUGACAACCCUGAGGAAAUAGCUUCAAUUAUGGUGCAGAAUGAGUUUAUUUUAGCAACUGAGAGAGACUCAUUUGUAGAACAGGUACGAGAGAUCAUUGAGAAAGCAGAUGAAAUGCUGAGUGAGGAUGUAAGUGUGGAGCCAGAAGGUGAUCAGGGUUUGGAGAGUAUGCAGACAAAAGACGAUGGCUUCGUUCCAGGGUCACAGAAAUUAGAGUUCAAACAGCCAGAUCCUACAUCUUCCAUGCCACAAAGAAUAGGGGUUCCUCCUAGCUCCUUUACCCAGGUUGUCCAUUCUGCGGGAAGACGGUUUAUUGUCAGCCCUGUCCCUGAAAGUCGGUUAAAAGAACAGGGCUUUUUCACCUCUCCUAUUCCUGGAGGAAAAGAAACUUCAGAUGCGGUUGCUGCAUCUCCUCUACAUGGUCCUGGAAUGAAUCUCUCCCACUCUGCAUCAUCACUGAGCUUGCAACAAGCUUUCUCUGAGAUUGGGCACGGUCAAAUGACAGAAGGACCUAGUACAGCUCCUCCAGUGUUUAAUCAAACAAUACCACCAUUUCCACCUGCACUUUCUACCAUGGCAAGCAGUGGUGCACCUCCUGCCUCAGUAGCUGCUCCUUCAAUAUCUGUUCCUUCUAGCACAGGUGUUUCUCUUCCAAGUUCUGUUACUUUGCCUUCAGAAAAUGCAGCUGUUGGAGUUGCACCAAGUGCAAGUGUGCCAAGCUCUGUUUCUCCACCUCCAGCCUCACAGUCUGGACAGCAGCUGUCUGGUGGUGUGGCUUCCAGUGUGAGCGCCCCUGCUUCUUUCUCCUUAACUGUCACAUCCCAGCCUGCUCAGUCAGUAACUGGAGACAUUGCCCCUAGCAUCAGCACACCAGCUUCUUUGGCACUGCCUGCUACACAGGUUCCUGGUGUCACUGGUCUUGGUGUCAUUGCACCAGCUGUGACAUCUCAGUCUACUCCUCAAAUUGUAAGUAGUUUGGCAGCACCACAGACAUCUGUUGCCCUGUCUCAGGCUCAGAACGUGGCUUUGCAGCUUCCUCAGCUUACUAGUAGUGGCUCUGUCUCCAGUCUGGCAGAAACAACAGUUGUAAGUGCUCCACAAUCACUACCUGAGAGUGGGCAGUUCACAGAUAAAACACAGCCUUGCAAUGCAGCUGGCUUAUCGCUUCCAAUCUCUGCACCUUUAUCAUCCUCUGUAGCAACAAGCUUAUGUGGUUCAGUCACUCAGCCAGUGAUACAUCCCUUACUCAUCCCAUCAGCAAUUACAUCAACACCUGUCCUAUCCCAGAUUCCAGGUGCAACACCUGUGUUGCCCCAGGUUCCCCUACCUGGUGUCUUACCACAGCCAGUUACUAACUUGCCUGCAGUACAGCAAACAUUGAUACACAGCCAGCCCCAACCGGCUCCAUUACCCAAUCAACCUCAUAUUCACUGUCUGGAGGCUGAUGCUGAUGCUCAGUCCAAAGCACCAGGUAUUGAUGAUAUAAAGACCCUGGAAGAAAAGCUACGGUCUCUCUUCAGUGAACAUGGUAAUGUGGGAGCAGCACAUCCAUCAGUAUCUCUGGAGACGUCGCUGAUCAUGGAAACUACUGUUAUUCCUGGGAUACCAACCACUGUUGUCGCGCCAACUAAACCCCUGACGUCUGUUAGCACUUGUAUACCUCCAAGCAGUUUGCCUCUUGGACCAACUGGCUUGCCAGUGCUGACACCAGUCGCCACGCCUGGGCAAGGGAUCACCCCAGUAAGCUAUAUUUCAGCACCAAGCAGCGCUGCAACAGCGGUAGUGAAACCAGGGACCUCUCCUUCGAAGCCCCCUCUUAGCAGGGUACCGGUGCUACCAGUAGGUUCUGAACUUCCAGCUGGCACUCCGUCCAGUGAACCGCUGCCACCUUUUCCAGGACCUUCACUAACUCAGUCCCAGCAGCCACUGGAAGAUCUGGAUGCUAAGCUGAGAAGAACCCUUAGUCCAGAGACCGUUCCAGUGACAUCAGCUCCUGCCUGUUCUGUGCCCUCAGUAGCAUCUACAGCAGUUACUGGUCUGGUAUCCACAGCAGCACAGUCUCUGAAAGAAGCUUCAGCAUCGUGUGGUGGAGAGAGCAGUGGUACGGCUUCCACAACAGGAGCUGGUGUUCUUAAGAUGGGACGGUUUCAGGUGUCUGUGGCAGUGGAUGAUGUGCUGAAAGAGGGUGACAAACCUGAGACUAAGCCGGUGCAAUUUGAAACCACCUCCUCUGACUCCUCACCUCUUUCUGGCAGCAGUCCGGAGAGUACCCUGGUAAAGCAGGCUGGUGGGCGGAAAAGCGAGGCUGUGGCAGGUGGCAUUCCUCAGCCACUUCCUGUGCUGCAGUUGCCAGUAGAUGAUGGUCAGCCUACUAAGGUUGGGCGCUUCCAGGUAACAACAACAACAGAUCAAGUGGGGCGCUUUUCAGUGUCAAAGACUCAGGAUGAGGUCACCUGCGCAGAGAGAGAGCCAAUGACUCUCCCUCUCUCAGUGGACUUGGAACAAGUUGCUUCUUCAGCUGCAGCCCCUAGGAAAGAGCUGGAGUCGAGGCAGUCCCCACAUAUGAACGGUCCGUCCUCUGAACCAGAGGCUGCUUUCUUGAGUGGAAUGGCUAAGGAUCUGGAUGAUGGCUCAGCGAGCCCAGACUCUCUCCAGGCCACGGCGUCAAAAAUCAGCCUCCCUGUUCAGAGCCUUAGCAACUCGUUCAAUUCUUCCUACAUGAGCAGUGACAACGAGUCAGAUAUUGAAGAUGAAGACUUGAAAUUGGAACUCCGUCGAUUACGGGAGAAGCACCUUAAAGAGAUCCAGGAGCUGCAGAGUCGCCAGAAGCAGGAGAUUGAAUCACUAUACACAAAAUUAGGAAAGGUCCCACCUGCAGUCAUUAUUCCCCCAGCUGCACCCCUUUCAGGAAGGAGGAGACGACCCACUAAAGGAAAAGGCAGCAAAUCCAGUCGUAGCAGCUCCCAGGGAAAUAAGAGCCCGCAGCUGUCAGGCAAUUUGUCAGCUCAGAGCGCACCAUCAGUCUUGCCCCCACAGCAAACUCUUCAUCCUCCUGGUAGUGUGCCAGAGACUGGACAGAACCAUUUGUUACAGCCCCUCAAACCUUCACCUUCCAGCGAAAACCUCUACUCUGCCUUUACCAGUGAUGGUGCCCUUUCAGUACCAAGCCUUUCUGCACCAGGCCAAGGGACCAGUAGCACUAACGCAGUCGGGGCUACAGUGAACAGCCAAGCACCCCAGUCUCAACCUACUGCUAUUGCCUCUAGCCGAAAGGGGACUUUCACGGAUGACCUGCACAAGCUGGUGGAUAACUGGGCCCGAGAUGCCAUGAACCUGUCUGGCAAGAAAGUUGGCAAAGGGCAUAGCAACUAUGAGGGCCCUGGAAUGGCAAGAAAAUUCUCGGCACCAGGUCAGCUCUGUAUCUCUAUGACAUCUUCCCUGGGUGCUACGCCCAUCUCUGCAGCAUCAGCUACCUCUUUAGGUCCCUUCACGAAGGCCAUGUGCCCUCCGCAGCAGUACGGUUACCCAGCAGCGUCUUUUGCCGCCCCGUGGAGUGGGACGAGCGGCCCGGCACAGCAACCGCUCGGCCAGUUCCAGCCCGUAGGUGCCGCAUCUUUGCAAAGCUUCAACAUCGGCGGUUUGCAGAAAUCGAUCAGCAACCCUCCAGGCUCCAACCUGCGGACCACUUAGCCCCACCCGGAGACCGUGCUGGCUAGACCUCGGGACGGGGCGUGGGGAGGGAGACGGGGCCCUUCGUCGACUCCUAGUGCUGCAAUGAACUGGUGGCUUGCCAGACUGGGAAUGAAUUUCUCUUUUCCACCCAUUGCUGUUAACUUUCUGUAAGGGGGGCUUCCCCACGUGCUUUCAAGGGGGAGGAGGAUGAUGAGCAUCCUUACGAUGGGACAGUUGUUUUGACUUGAGGGGUCCCGCUCUCGUGUGAAGCGAGAGCUGUGAAGAUCGGUCACGGGGGCGGUUAACGCAGUCUUGCUGUAAAAUUUCUCUGGUUUGAGGCUGAAUCCGCGUGUGUCGAGACGGGAGAGCUGAAUCCUAGCAUGAGGCUUUAGCACACUUCUCUCCCUGAAGAUCCGAGACCAGCUGUCCAAAUCCCCCUCCUCUCCCUCUCCCCACUCAAUCGUAUUUGGCUCCAGAGCGAUGGGGCGCCUGAAUGGACUUGCAGUGCAGCCCGUGCUUGAUAGGUCAUUACUGCUUUAAGUAAGAUAUUAACAGCUUUGACUGCAGCAUUAGAGCAAUUUAAAUUGUUUAAAAAUUUUAAAAGUUCCCUGCGGACAUGUACUUACCAUCAGUUUUGAUGUGGAAACACUGUGAUAUAUAAAUGUUGUUGGACAACAGUAGUUUAAAAAUGAGUGGAAUAUAGAGGGUUAAAAAAGUUAAAAAGUAAAAAAUGGGAAAAAAAGCUAGCUAUAUCCUUAUACUUAUUGGAGACACUUUAACUUUUUCCUUUGUAUUUUCAUUGUAUUAGAUAAAUAAAUGUGAAUGUAAAAUUGUAUAAAUUAAUGUACUUGAA